CACUUCCUUGCUCGUUUGAGAUUUCGCGCACUUUUAUUCAUCUUUGCUGUCUUAGAAGAACAUCAUCCCGACACAUUUACCAUCUAUAUCAUUACUUAUUAUAAAACAGUUGGCGAUGAGGUUGAUUAUAGCAAUGGCCAUAAUUGGUUAUUUCGACAGAUUUACUUUUGGAGACAUUUUUCUAACAGGGCUAGAUCUAUAUAAUAAAUUGUAAAAGUGGAGAGCACCCGGUCACGCAAUCUAGCUCGGGCUAUGGCACGGGAAGGAUGUCAUAAUAUAAAUAUUUUUGCCUAGGCAGAAAUAAUUGAUUAUGAUAUCCUUCCCGCUCCAUAUCAGACUAGCUGAAAAAUCCCUUUAGCCUGUAGGCCUAGUGGUAGGAUGUUUGCCUUGAGAGCCAGAAGUUGCUAGUUCGAAACCCAGCACACUGACUUGACAGAAUUACCUUUUAAACCUGAAAUUGUCCAGUGAUAUGACCUACCGUACAACUUUGAGCCUGAGAAUAUAUCGGCCUUCUGGCCUUCAAUACAGUAUUUUGAAAAUGGUAUCAUCUGAAAUUUGGAGAACUCCACCUUUUGCAUUGAAAUCAAAUUCCUUUAGUUUAUAUUUAUGCCUCCUCUGGAAUUUCAAUCUGUCCCAGUGUAUAGCUGGCUGAGUGGCUCAUCAUCGUAGGUGAUGGUUUUACUGCAGGGCCAUUAUAGGGUUACCAACUACACAUUUUAUUCUAUGUAAUUGUCUCGUUUCUGUCUCCAAGGUCACCAGGGCCAGAUUUGUCAUUACUUUAUGUGUAUUUUGUCAUUAUUUAUGUGUUCUUUGUCACUGUUUUAUGUUUAUUUUGUAACUUUUAUGACUUCUUAUUCAACAGGUUGAUGUGUUCAGAAAGAAAACCAUGUCUGCUGUCCAUUUCAAGGUCAGAUGGCAACCUAGCGGUGAUUAGUGAAACUGUCAAGACCAAGGGGUGAUGUCUUCAGUUCUAAAUGGUUUCCUAUGAGGGGAGGUAUCAAAAGUUUGAUGCAGUAGUGAAUACAGGCCUUUAAUCAGGUCGAAGUCUGUCCCCAUUUACAUUUACAGUUUUACAAAUGGGGUUUGUCAGGAGAUUUGUUUGAGAGGGAGGUCUCCUGGACUGGAGCAGGCCUUUGAUGGCUAGUCAGGGCUUACACAGGAGAAAGCGCACCUGUGUCAGUUACCUCCAGCUUUGAUCUGCAUCUCACUGCAUCAGAAUCCUCUGUCAUUCAGGCCAGGAUGAGAGUUUUACACCUGGUGGUGUUUGUCCUGACUAUCCUGCUAUGGGAGGAGGAGGUGUCGUGUGGCCAGAGCUACUACUACUUCAAUCCUUACUACCAAUCCUACCGUAAAAAGCACCUAGCGAGGAUGAGAGGGUACCACCCAAGCAAGUACAAAAACUACCAACGUGACACUAGCAGUGGUUUCAAGGGUGAUUUUUUGGCAUCACGUCCAAAUAUGUGCCGCGUGAAGGAGGUUUUUGGGACUGGCCAGCGGUUCUACGAGGGCAAGGUUCCCCAGCGUAGGGUGUGCGACCGACCAACGUUUGUGCGGUACCAGUGUUGCCCAGGUUAUAAUAUGGUGGAGGGCGAGAAAGGAUGCCCAGCUGUGGUGCCCCUACAGAACUUGAAGCAAACUACGCUGGAGUUACUUCAGCAGAAAUUCCCUAAACUUCUAACCAAUACUGAACUGGAGGGAAAUCUGCUCUACCAAGGGGCCUUUACCGUCUUCGUCCCAAUAGACAGCGCCUUUCAAAACCUCACCUAUGAUGACAGACAGAGGCUCCACCCCUGGACGUAUCAUGCACCGUCCCUCCUUCACUAUCACGUUGUCACCGGGCGAUAUAACUACACGACCUUCAAGAAACAAGAGGAAGUACCAACAUUGUACUACGGUGAAAAAAAACUUCGGAUAAAUAAAUAUCCUAGUGGGGUGGCUACGGUGAAUUGUGCUCGGAUCAUGGUACCUAACCAGAUGGCUAGUAAUGGAAUCGUCCAUAUCAUAGACAGGUUGAUCCGGCCGCUCGACUUCAGAGGAACCAUCGCUGACGUGAUCCUGCGAGACCAGCGUUUGACCAAAUUUUCCCAAAUGUUGUACAAGGCUAACCUCAUUGAUACUCUACAGAAAUCCAAACAUUUUACUCUGUUCAUUCCCGAGGAUAAAGCUUUCAAACGCCUGUCGUCGGGGCUCAAUAACAGAAUCACCAAUGACAGAAAGAUAGCAACAGCUAUCGCGAAGUACCACAUUAUAAAAGGUACGUACUGUGCUGCGUCCACGGUGUUGUCUGCUCAGUUGAUAUCCUUGGAGGGAGGUUUCCUUGCCUUCAUUUGUAAAUUCAAUGGUAACUAUGUCAACGACGCCAAACUUAUAGAGGAAGACAUCGUCACCUCAAAUGGCGUCAUCCAUAUCAUCAACAAAGUCCUUCUUCCAAACACAGUAAAAGAUAUCCUUCAAGUGGCGCAUGAGCUGGAUCUAACGAAGCUAACAGAACUAGUCCAUCGAUCGGGCUUGGCUGACUGGGUCCAGAGUAGACCGGAGUACACCUGGUUUGCACCUAAUGAUGCAGCAUUUGAAGCUUUGUCGCCAAUCUACAAAGAAGCUCUACAAGAACAACCGGGGUUGGUGGAGCAAAUGCUGAAGUACCACACUCUAGAAGGAAGAAUGAAGACUGACUCCCUGGUAGGGGAACAGACUCUGAGGACGGGUAUUGAUGCUAGGCUCAAGGUCGGCGUUUAUCACAAUGGUAUUACAAUUGACAGUUCCCAUAUCCUCGAUGGUGACAGGGAGAGUUCCAACGGACUCAUACAUGUCAUAGACAAAGUCCUCAUUCCACCGGAACUCAAUCUUAUGGACCUCAUCGAGUCCGACCCAGAGCUUGAGGUUUUUACCAACGCUAUCAAGAAAGCGGGGCUGGAGGAUCUGUUUCAGCAGAAGCCAGGCAAACAGCUGACUGUGAUUGCGCCGACUACUGACGCAUUCUAUAGAAUGCCGACAUACAAGAGAGAGGAUUAUAUGAAAAACAAAGAGAAGCUUAAACGGCUGAUUGCCCGUCAUGUGAUCGACCGUGUGGUGGUCUCCAGUGGCCUUGACAUGUCCACGACGUAUUCAUUGAUGUCGCGACAACUUGAGCCUGUCGCAUUCAAGCUGGAGUCUUCCGGUACACUAUGGAUCAAUAAGUACGCCAAAGUCCAGGCCAGGGAUCACCUCGCCCUUAACGGAGUCAUAUUCAAGACUGACCGUGUCUUACACUGUCUGUGUAAGGAAAUCACGUGACAAGUGACCACUCGAGGUAUCUGAUGGGAAGUCCACUGUUGCUGAUAUUUUGACAAUUUAGGCAUCCACUGAGGCAAGUUGAUAACAGAAGUCAGGCUGUUGUCUUUGUGGAAAGUCAUGGAUGUGAAUUCCCAAGUGAUGAUACUGUUAGUUUUAAUAUUGAACUGAAGCACCUUCACACUGUGAGUGAAAUACACAGAGCUGCUCAGAAUCUCCACUGGAAAGAAGUGUUUUUUAAAGCUUAAGGCAGCUUGUCUGUGUCAUUAAGGAAUAAUAUACUCAACUCUCGAGCAACAAUUUACCUGCGACUGCAAAUCCAAGAUGUCCGGAAGUGUGUUUUAUGAUUUUUUACGUGUGGCAUGAAGAAUACAUGUCUGUGAAUGUUUUUGCUUUUUGAGUAAAUUAUGGAUCUCAUAAGUGACGGGGAUAUAACUAGUAAUAACCUAGUAUCUCACCAGGGGAGAUAACUUUAUCUAGUAUCUCACAAGGGAAGAUAACUUUAUCUAGUAUCUCACAAGGGAGAUAACUUUAUCUAGUAUCUCACAAGGGAGAUAACUUUAUCUAGUAUCUCACAAGGGAGAUAACGUUAUCUAGUAUAUCGCAAGGGGAGAUAACUCUACUUGGUAUCUCCCAUAAUAAGAGAUAAUUUUAUCUCGUUUUUCACAAGGGAGAUAACUACCUGGCAUCUCACAAAGGAGAUAACUUUACCCAGUGUCUCACAAGGGAGACAACUCUACCUAGCAUCUCACAUGGGAGACAACUCUACCUAGCAUCUCACAAGGGAGGUUACUCCAUCAAGCAUCUCACAAGAUAACUUUACCUAGUAUUUAACAAGUUAGAUAACUCUACCGGGUAUCUCGCAAGAGAGAUAACUUUACCUUGUAUCUCAAAAGGGAGAUAACUUUACCUGGUAUCUCACAAGAGAGAUAACUUUACCUAGAAUCUCACAAGGGAGACAACUCUACCUGUUGUCUCACAAAGGAGACAACUUUACACAGGGAGACUGAAGUGCUACCUUGCAUCUCAUAAGGGAGGUAACUCUACAAUUAUCUCUCAAGGAUAAUGCUUCCUUUUAUCUCACAAGGGAAGUAACUCCACCAAGCAUCUCACAAGGGAGGUAACUCCACCUAGCAUCUCACAAGGGAAAUAAUUAUACAACAUCAGUGGCAGCAUUGAGAAGGGAGAUAACAACACCAACAAUGGAUGAUGUAGAAUUAGUGUCUGGUGGUGUUUCACAUAUCAGGGACCAAUGUCAUUUAUCAGAACAAUGGCCAGUAACAUAAUAAUUUAACCGUAGUUCACUUCUCUUCUCAAGUGCAGUCUUCCUUAUAUUUAUGCAUGUGGCGCAAGAGGUCCAGACAGAAUCGGAUCAAAGGCUACAAUAAUUACGUUUGUUUUCUGGAUUGUCGCGUUCUUCAAAAUAACUUCAUAUUCAAAUGGCAGCUUCAUGGCUCACCAACGUCAUUGCUGGAGUUUAAUCUUCUCAAGAUUUUAGGAAAAAAUUACAAGGACCCAGAAACAAUUUUUUUUUUUUUUCAAUAGACAUUUGAAAAUAUAUUUAAAAAUGAGUGAUAUAUGUACUCCCCUUGGGCCAGGGGUUAGAAAUGACACUGGACUGUCUUUACAAGUAUUAACAUCAAACUUCUGUUUUAUCAACCACAAAAAAAAGUUUAUCUAUUAUAUAUAAUUAUUAGUUGUCUCUUUUCUGGUGUAUGAAAUAUUUUUGUACAAGUUGCAUGAUGUGGUUACACAAUUGUACACAUUAUCAGUCCCCCACUAGGAACCAAAGGGAUUGUAAUCUGUCCAUCCUAUCUUUCAUCCUUUUGCACUAAAACCUGUCGAGGAUCUGCUACCCUUCAUGUCACAGACUAAAUUAACCAGGAACCUCAUAUUUGUGGUAUGGGAUCACCUAGUAGGUGAAGGGGUACCAUGGCAUGUAUCAAAAUUAGGUCAGUCUGACCUACAUUUUGACUUUUGAUCUAAAUCAAAGAAAAAGCAUGUCAGGGUUACAUCUCCUGCAAUACUUGUCCCUGGAUAGGGUCGUGUGUCAUGUACCAAAAGUAGGUCACUCUGACCUAUAUUUGGCCUUUGACAUACAUGUACUUCAAACAAAAACUUGUCUCAGGGCUUCAUCUCCAUCACGGUACAUAUUACUGAAACUACCUGGUACAUACUUUGAAUGUGAGUUUACCUUGGUAAGGCAGUGUGUCAGGUAAUAAAGUAGGUCAUUUUAACCUACAUUUUGACCUUCGACCUAACACAAAGUUAAACUUUGUCCAGGCUCAUUUUUUUUUACACUUCUUUUCACUGGAACUUUGUACAUGGGACUUUGAUUCACCUUGGUAUGUGUCAUAUAUCAAAAUUGAGUUAGAUUUUAUGAUGAAUGAUAUCUUUUAAAUAAGUGGUGCAAUUCCUGUAUUUUCUCUUCUUAACUUUAUAUUAAAAUUAAUGAAAACACUGCUAUUAUGAAGUUUGCUAUUUCAAAAUUUCAUUUUGCUAGUGAAAACAUUAGGCACUCGCAAUGAAAUGCUAGUGAUGAAAAAAGUUAAUUUCGACCCUAAUGUUUUUUGUUUUUUUUUGUUUUUUUUUUUUACUCUAUUUCAAUAUACAUGUGUUGGUUUAUUGUCAGAUAUUUGUAGUUUAUAAGGGACCCAGUGUCCUGUCGUCUACAUGAGGGCCAGUAUAGGAGAGAGUGUGACAGGUGUGUCUAUGUGGUAGUGAUGUAAUCCCCGUGUCAUUAGUCCCCAGCUUUCAAUGUCAGGACACAUCAUCUCAUUAUUGUACAUACACCCGACGCAAAUCUGAUGUGAAUUUUUUUUUUUUAUGAAACAAACUCCUGUGCUGUGAAAGCAACAAUUUUAAAAAUAUUUAUGAGAUUUGUUGAAUACUUGCAUGUCAACAUUUUGAAAAUUUGAAGGCACUGUUUGGUGAUAAAGGUAUGUCUCAAGAGAUGAGAUAAAAUGUUUUUAGGUCACUGGAGACAUAAUGACCUGUUCUAAUACUUUUUGUUUAUCUUUGUCUGUUCGUAAACAUUUUAAAUUUUUGACUUCUUCUAAAUAACCAAGAGGCCAGAGACCUGAUAUUGGGCCUAUAGCAUGCUUGGGUGAAUGAUAUUGACCUCAAAUUCAAGGUCGCAUGCAGGAAUUAAAUCUGCCAAAAUACAUAAUGUACAUAAAAACUCAGGUGACCAUUAAGGCCCAUUGGGCCUCUUGUUUUUUUCUAAAUACAUGUAUAUGUCAGUUAUCAAUGAACAUAGAUUCCAUGAAAAAAAGGCAGGCUUCUUCAUCAGUGUAACUACAGGUAUAAUCUGGCUAGAUAAAUAAUAUACCCGUGUAGUAUGGUAAAGUGAAUCUCAUGGUAAAGUGAACCGAAGUGAACCGCCCAUGGUAAAGUGAAGCACUUCACUAUUUUCUUAGUUGUAUAAUGUCUGGGGCAGGGCACUUAUUUUCUUAGUUGUAUAAUGUCUGGGGCAGGGCACUUCACUUUACCAUGGCCAUGGUUGAAAAAAAAGUGAAUUGGCAAGAAAAUAGUGAAAUGCUCCACUUUACCAUGGCCAUGAAAUGAACCGCGGUUCACUUUACCAUUAUGGUAUUUUGACCCCGGUUCAUUUCACCAUGCUUCAAAAUACCAUGCCGGUAUAGUCUGGCCAGUUUAAUACUAGUCUAGUCAGGCCAGAUAAAUAUCAAUAUGGUCUCUGGCUUGGCUAGGUAAAUGGUGGUAUUGUAUAGCCAGAUAAAUACAUGUAGUCUGGUCAGAUAAAUACCAGUAUGGUCUGGUCAGAUAAAUACCAGUAUGGUCUGGUCAGAUAAAUUAAUACAGGUAGUAUAGCCUGGUCAGAUAAAUACCAGUAUGGUCUGGUCAGAUAAAUUAAUACAGGUAGUAUAGCCUGGUCAGAUAAAUACCAGUAUGGUCUGGUCAGAUAAAUACCAGUAUGGUCUGGUCAGAUAAAUUAAUACAGGUAGUAUAGUCUGGUCAGAUAAAUACCAGUAUGGUCUGGUCAGAUAAAUACCAGUAUGGUCUGGUCAGAUAAAUACAGGUACAGUCUGGUCAGAUAAAUACCAGUAUGGUCUGGUCAGAUAAAUACCAGUAUAGUCUGGUCAGAUAAAUACCAGUAUAGUCUGGUCAGAUAAAUACCAGCAUGGUCUGGUCAGAUAAAUACAGGUAUAGUCUGGUCUGAUAAAUACAGGUACAGUCUGGUCAGAUAAAUACAGGUAUGGUCUGGUCAGAUAAAUACAGGUACAGUCUGGUCAGAUAAAUACCAGUAUGGUCUGGUCAGAUAAAUACCGGUAUGGUCUGGUCAGAUAAAUACCGGUACGGUCUGGCCAGAUAAAUACCAGUACGGUCUGGUCAGAUAAAUACCAGUACGGUCUGGUCAGAUAAAUACCAGUACAGUCUGGUCAGAUAAAUACCAGUAUGGUCUGGUCUGAUAAAUACAGGUACAGUCUGGUCAGAUAAAUACCAGUAUGGUCUAGUCAGAUAAAUACAGGUACAGUCUGGUCAGAUAAAUACCAGUAUGGUCUGGUCAGAUAAAUACCAGUAUGGUAUGGUCUGGUCAGGUCAGAUAAAUACCAGUAUGGUCUGGGUAGAUAAAUAGUGGUAUUGUCUAGCCACAUAUAUCCUGGUAUAGUUUAGCCAGAUAAAUACAUAUACAGUCUGGUCAGAUAAAUUAAUACUGGUAGUAUAGUCAGGCCAGAUAAAUACCAGUAUAAUCCGGCCAUAGAAAUAUGGCAUAUAUAGUUUGCGUAGAUAAAUGCUGUCUCUUUCAUGUAAAUAUAUCUACUGCUAUCAUUGUUCAGUUGUAAAUUAACCUAUUCAAGCAUGCAAUUGUACACUGACACAAAAUCAAAAUACAUUGUCUUACAAGUUA